GGAGAGAAAACCUUCAGCUGUGAUGAGUGUGGGAAAGAUUUUACCCGGGCUGGAAGCUUAAAAAGACACCAACUCAUCCACAGUGGAGUUAAACCUUACAGCUGUGAUGAGUGUGGGAAGGAUUUUACCCGGGCUGGAAGCUUAAAAGCACAUCAACUCAUCCACAGUGGAGUUAAACCUUACAGCUGUGAUGAGUGUGGAAAGUAUUUUACCGAGGCUGGAGACUUAAAAAGACACCAAGUCAUCCACAGUGGAGUUAAACCUUACAGCUGUGAGUUGUGUGGAAAGUCUUUUACCCGGGCUGAAAGCUUAAAAACACACCAACUCAUCCACAGUGGAGUUAAACCUUACAGCUGUGACUUGUGUGGAAAGUCUUUUACCAGGGCUGAAAGCUUAAAAACACACCAACUCAUCCACAGUGUAGUUAAACCUUACAGCUGUGACUUGUGUGGAAAGUCUUUUACCCGGGCUGACAGCUUAAAAACACACCAACUCAUCCACAGUGGAGUUAAACCUUACAGCUGUGACUUGUGUGGAAAGUCUUUUACCCGGGCUGACAGCUUAAAAACACACCAACUCAUCCACAGUGGAUUUAAACCUUACAGCUGUGACUUGUGUGGAAAGUCUUUUACCUGGGCUCAAAACUUAAAAACACACCAACUCAUCCACAGUGGAGUUAAACCUUACAGCUGUGACUUGUGUGGAAAGUCUUUUACCCGGGCUGGAGACUUAAAAAAACACCAACUCAUCCACAGCGGAGUUAAACCUUACAGCUGUGACUUGUGUGGAAAGUCUUUUACCCAGGCUAAAAACUUAAAAAUGCACCAACUCAUCCACAGCGGAGUUAAACCUUACAGCUGUGACUUGUGUGGAAAGUCUUUUACCCAGGGUGGAAAUUUAAAUGCACAUCGACUCAUCCAUAGUGGAUUUAAACCUUACAGCUGUGACUUGUGUGGAAAGUCUUUUACCGAGUCUGGACACUUAAAAAGACACCAACUCAUCCACAGUGGAGUUAAACGUUACAGCUGUGACUUGUGUGGAAAGUCUUUUACCGAGUCUGGACACUUGAAAAGACACCAACUCAUCCACAGUGGAGUUAAACCUUACAGCUGUGACUUGUGUGGAAAGUCUUUUACCGAGUCUGGACACUUGAAAAGACACCAACUCAUCCACAGUGGAGUU